CGUAGGUUCAAAUUUCAAACUCGAGAGCGGUAGAGAGGAGGAUCAAGUUGCCAGCUGUACGUACGUCGCCUCAGGUGCCAAAGCCAGCCUCCUUGCAUGCCAGGCUUGGUCAUGCGUGCGCUCUGCCGCAGAAGGCAGCUCUCAGAGCUGCGCGAGGAAUCGCUGUAAGCAGACACCACUGACAUGAUGAGCGACUCGGAGGAGUCGGACGUUGCGCACAAGGGGCACGGAAUGAAGGACCACCCCCCGCACGGGAACCGCCUGAGCAAUGGCGAGAUGUGCGCGCGCUGCGGGGAGGUGCACUGGCACUGCGGGACGCUGGAAGAAGUGGCGAUCGAAACGAGCCUGAGCUGCAUCCGCCACCUGGCGCCGAUGCGGGCGUUCCACAUGGAGGUCGCGGAUUUGUAUCUGCAGCUGUUGAAGGAUGGGUGGAUGGAGGAGGGGGAUGACGGUGCGGAUUGGGCGGAGCUCGGGACUGAUUUAGUGAUCAAGUGGAUUGCAAACCUGGUUCAGGACGGCACGAUGGACCGCUUUUCGUCCAAGGCGAUUAUGAAGGUCUUUGGGAAGGACGUGAGCGACUUCACAAGAAUGGCGGCAAAGCGUGCGGCGCGAGUACACCUGGCGGCGGUGACUGUGGUUUCAGACUACUUGUCUGAGCUGUUCCCGUCGCUGUGGCGGAAAAAGCUGAAUCUGAAAGGGCUGAGCUUGCUCAAACGGCGGGUCGCCGUUGCACAAGCAGUCCAUAAGCACUGCCAGAACGUUGUUUGGGAUGGGUCCCGGGGUACGCUGAUUGGGACGGUGGGGCCGCUCUGCAGAAAAGUGCUCAACUUUGACAUGGACGAGGUGGAUCGAUUGAUGGUCAAAAUCAAGACGGAAUUGAAGCAGACGCGCCUGUUAGAAGACGCGUCAGGGAUGGGGCACCCUUCGGAGCGGGAGUCGGUGUCUCCCCCCAAAGCGCGGGUGAAUGGGCACCGGGAAAGCGUUGUUGACGAGAAAGCUGAGCAGGCCUCGAAAGCGAUUGCAGACGCCCUCAUGGCCACUGAGGAGGCCAACAAAAGGCUCACGGAUGCGAUUGCUUCAGGUGAUCCGGAUCAGAUGCAAGCCGCCGUUACUAGUGGGGAUCGGGCGGAUCCAAGCGUUCGGAAAGCUGCCACCAAAGCGAUGCGGAAAGCGCGCGUCGAGAGGCAGCAAGCCGAGGCGGCCCGGCAAAAAGAACUAGAGCGGAAGCAAAAAGAGGCCGAGGAAGCGGAGAGGGCGGAGGCGGCGGCGCGGGCGCUGGCGCUGACGAAGCUUUCGAAGAAGAAGGCGCCCACUCCGGUCAGCAACAAGUAUGCCGCGCUUGAGGAGAAGGAUGAUGCUGCAGGGUUGAAGAAGAAAAAGGCGGCGAAGAGCAAACCGAGCGAUAGCAAAGCGGAUACGGGGGCAGGGGCGUUGUGGAAAGAGGCGCGGAGAUCGGGGCUGGAGUCCGUACGGAGUACACCCGCUGCGGAAGGGACAAGAGAACGGAGCGGGAACGAGGAUCUGACGUGGGAUGCCAUGGCUUUGAAAUACAACGGGUUCAACAGCCAUCACGCAGCCCCUUCUACUGAGGAGCUGUUGAAACGGUUGCAAGAAAGUGAGUCGCAGGGGGCCGCUUUGCAGAGCAGUUCGGGGGAGUGGGGGCAGAGUUGGCAGACGAAUGUCCCCCCUCUUUCAGAGGCUCAAUCAGCCACGAGUUUAAGCUCGGGUCGGGGGGCUGGGGAGUCGUUUUGGGGGACCGAGCCCGUUUCUGAGCCUAUGAAAAGGACGGACAGCUCGCAAACGGGCGGAGUAGCACCAGCGAAUGGUGGGUUGCCGCAUACCCAGGCAGCGCCGGUCGGAAAUGGCGUUUACAAGGAGUUUUUGACUGAGGCGGAGCAAGAUUUCUGGAAGCCGGUUAUUUCUCCAAGUGCGGGCGUUAGCUCUUUCCCCCCUUCUUUUUCUCAAAGCGUUGCUGAUUUGCAACUCAAAAGUAAAGGGUCGUGGGGCGAGCCUGCGGGCCCCCACAGGCCAGCAAAUGGGCAGUACAUAGAAGCGCCAAUGAGUGCCUCUACCGCUUCUAGAAAGACAGAAAGUAGAGGCGGUGGUGGCGGGCGGAUACCCAGGGAUGACGAAGAGGAGUGCGUCAUCUGCUGGGAUGGGCCGCGCAAUGCGCUCUACCUGCCGUGUGGGCACGCGCGGUUUUGUUACCCUUGCGCAAUGCAGACGUUUGAAGCAGGGCAGCCGUGUCCGGUGUGCAGGUCGAGCAUUAGUUGGGUACAGCAGAUCUUCGACUGAUCCGUCCUGCAUUGAAGUAUAAACGAGUUGGGUCGAGGCUUGUUUCCAGAGGUCCAGCCUCCGGAAAUCGCGAAUACUAGCACCGUCCUCGGAGUUGUUAAAUGAUGUGUGAGUUACGAUUGCCAUGUCCGGCGAAACGCUGCCAUUUCACCCUCGUUUGACUGAGUGGCCUGUGUAUUAAGCUAUGCAGCUUGUGCAGU